CUGGCACUCAAGGAGUAGCACAAGUACAGGUAAGUGAAAAAGCCAUGAAGUAAUGUGGCACAUUAUUCACAUGCAAGGCAGACACUUUUGACACAUGAAUUGUUGGCUAUAGUAAGGGCAUCAUUCACUUAUAUCUUUGUAGAGACUGUAAGUUUCUGCACAGCAGGAUAGGGGUUUCUCACUGUAGGCUUUGUAGAUUUUAACAUAGAUUGAAAUAUUCAGAUGUAUAUUAUGUGUGUUUUAAAAUGGAUAAAGUGCUCUGAUACGUUUUAUUAAUUUAUUAAGUAACAAUGCUACAAGCUGAAAAGACAACAGUGGGUGAGUAGGUAUCAGUGGGAAUAUAAAAAUAGCUUAUAAGUUAGAGGUUGCAUAAGUUAAGUUAAGUUUAGGAUCUGUGAAUGGAACUGCACCAGCAUAAAUAAUGUCUACAUUUAAUAAUUCCAAAAUGGAAUGCAAAUAUUAUCAGUAAACCUUCAAAUAAUAUAUUGAUGGAAACAUGAACUGGUGGUACUAUAGCAAUUAAAUCUUACUCAGCUCCUCACUGAAUCUAACCCUCUCUAUCACCCUACCUAAUACAAUCUCUCUCUUUCUGUCUCACAUUCUUUCACUUACAAUUUUUUUUGUAAUCAAAUCUCUUCCUACCUAUCUCUUGAUGAAUCUGUCUCACCUGCUCUCAUUUGUCCUAUUUAUUUGUUCUCCAGAACUGAGAAUACAAGGAUUUGUCCACAUGAUGUGGACCUUGCCUUUGCUCCUCUACCUGUGGCCAACCUUCGUUCAGACUCAGAAUAACAAUGAACUGUAAGUAGAAAGGAAUGAUCUGCAGGGUGAAAAGUUAUGAUCGUAUCAGAAGUUGAUACUGUGUAAAAAAGAUUAAAACAUUGAUAUUAUUUAUUUCUUUGAAUAAUGUUUAGACACAGUUAUAAUUGAGGAUUUAUGUGGUGUGACUAUGCAGACUUUUUCUCUAUAAGGUGGAAUAUGGUCUAAACACACACUCCACAUAAAAUAAGCCAGGUAGUCUAAUAUUGCAAAUUGUACGUAUCAAUCUAUUAAAUAGUUGACAUUUUAUUAUGCGCAAAUGUUUUUUGUAAUGUCUGAGAUGUAACCCAUAAAAAGAAAGCGAGAGAGUGUGCAUGUAGGGGGGAGGGGGUGGUUGAGUCUCCAAAAAGAAGUAGAAGUAAGGGCAAUAGAAGUACGGGCAAUUCAUAUGAAAGCAAAUACAAAUAUUCUAAUAUACAGUAUAUAUGUAAGUAUAUACAUUACUCAUGAAAUACUGAAUUUUAAGAAACUGAAAUACAACUGUCAAAAAAUAGCUUACAAUUACCAAUUUUUCCAAAUCAGCUAUUGUUGCCUAAAUGUUGCAAUUUGAAUUUUAAUUAUUAUUAUUAUUUCAUUAUUUAUACAGCGCCAGCAAAAUUCCGUAGCGCUGUACAAUUCACGCCAGUUUUGUAUUUAGUGAAUAAACUCUCUCUCUCUGUGUUUGUUCCAACCAAUUCAUGAACAAAGAGAAUUAGGUAAGGGUCACUUGUGUCAUAUGGAGUAGACAAGACAAUAGGAGGCUUACUCUCCAGGUAUAGAAUGUAUAUCUAAGGUUGCAGAGGGCAUAUACAAUGGAUGUAGAUUAAGAACGUGUGAAAGCUUUAGAGUGGGUAGUGGGGUGGGACAAGUUCUGUGAUUUAGUGCUGUAGGGUGAGGAUUUGGUAAUUUGAUAGGCAGAUGAUAUGUUAGCAGUCUAUUGUCUGGUCAUUUCACACAGGAUACAGCUCAUUAGACAAACAACAAUAUUUAGUAACAAGUAGUAAUUAGUAACUAUAAAUUACAUCAUCCUUAAACAAAAGCUAGACUAAUACAUGUUCUAUAUCGGGACAAUUAGCACUACCAAAUAUUAAGCAACAAAUCAGAAUAUGCUAAUGGUAACACAUAGCCCACCAUAUGUAUACAUAAGAGAAAGUUCUUAGAGAAAGUGCAGAGUAUGAGUAUUGCCUUGAGCUCUGCUUGUGAAUUGAUGCCUAAGGAACAGGGAUGGAGGUAAGGCACAGUUAUACAUAGAAACAUAGAAUGUGAUGGCAGAUAAGAACCAUUCGGCCCAUCUAGUCUGCCCAAUUUUCUAAAUACUUUCAUUAGUCCGUAGCCUUAUCUUAUAGCUAGGAUAGCCUUAUGCCUAUCCCACGCAUGCUUAAACUCCUUUACUCUGUUAACCUCUACCAUUUCAGCUGGAAGGCUAUUCCAUGCAUCCACUACCCUCUCAGUAAAGUAAUACUGAUAUUAUUUUUAAACGUUUGUCCCUCUAAUUUAAGACUAUGUCCUCUUGUUGUGGUAGUUUUUCUUCUUUUAAAUAUAGUCUCCUCCUUUACUGUGUUGAUUCCCUUUAUAUAUUUAAAUGUUUCUAUCAUAUCCCCCCUGUCUCGUCUUUCCUCCAAGCUAUACAUGUUAAGAUCCUUUAACCUUUCCUGGUAAGUUUUAUCCCGCAAUCCAUGAACCAGUUUAGUAGCCCUUCUCUGAACCCUCUCUAAGGUAUCAAUAUCCUUCUGAAGAUACGGUCUCCAGUACUGUAUACAAUACUCCAAGUGAGGUCUCACCAGUGUUCUGUACAAUGGCAUUAGCACUUCCCUCUUUCUACUGCUAAUACCUCUCCCUAUACAACCAAGCAUUCUGCUAGCAUUUCCUGCUGCUCUAUUACAUUGUCUGCCUACCUUUAAGUCAUCAGAAAUAAUCACCCCUAAAUCCCUUUCCUCAGAUGUUGAGGUCAGGACUCUAUCAAAUAUUCUGUACUCUGCCCUUGGGUUUUUACGUCCAAGAUGCAUUAUCUUGCACUUAUCCACAUUAAAUGUCAGUUGCCACAAUUUUGACCAUUUUUCUAGUUUACCUACAUCAUUUGCCAUUUGGCUUAUCCAUCCUGGAACAUCAACCCUGUUACAUAUCUUAGUAUCAUCAGCAAAAAGACAUACCUUACCAUCAAGACCUUCUGCAAUAUCACUAAUAAAAAUAUUAAAGAGAAUGGGUCCAAGUACAGAUCCCUGAGGUACCCCACUGGUGGCAAGUCCAAGCUUUGAAUAUAUUCCAUUAACUACAACCCUCUGUUGCCUGUCACUCAGCCACUGCCUUACCCAUUCAACAAUAUUGAAAGGUUUACCAUCCAGGUUCUAUAAGCAAAAAAAAUAAUAAUUACAGUAUAUACUCGAGUAUAAGUCUAGUUUUUCAGCACAUUUUUUGUGCUUAAAAACCCCCACUCGACUUAUACUCGAGUCACUGUCUGUAUUAUGGCAACUUAGAGAGCUGCGGCCGUCAGAGCCAUGGCAACGAUCCGCGCGGCAACCAGACCGCGAGACUUACAGUGGAGCUGACCGUAACGGAGGAGAAGGGAGCUGACAGGAGCUGCAGGAAAGGUAAGUAAAUGCUUCCUGCCGGCCCCCCCACUUCACAGCCCAUGCCACUGGACCACCAGGGAUUAAGAUAGCCCUCCUCCCUGACCAGUUAACAAGCAGGGAGGAGGGACAAAAUAAAAUUAAAAUAAUAAAAAAAUAAUAAUAUUAAAAUUAAAAAAAUUAAAAUAAUAAAAAUGCCCUCCCCACCCAGUUCACACACACUACACAAACACACACUCUGCAUUAUAUACACAGAGUGUGUGUAUAUAAUGCAGAGUGUGUGUUUGUAUGAGUGUGUGUGUGUAUAUAAUGCAGAGUGUGUGUUUGUAUAAGUGUGUGUGUUUGUAUGAGUGUGUGUGUAUAUAAUUAUAAAAAUCACAGAAUUUCAUAGCCCCAAGUUUUACCCUCGACUUAUCCACGAGGCAUAGCAUAUUUCACAAUUGUUGGUCACAAAACUGCACUCAACUUAUACACGAGAUCGACUUAUACACGAGUAUAUACGGUAUAUAGACAUGAAAUAUUGGUUGAAUACAUUUAUUGGAAAUAACAAUGAAAAACUGUAUCCUACAAACCAAUAAUUUUAUAACAUGACAGGAGGCUUCGUAUUUGCUUAAGACUUUCUUUACUUAAGCUUCACAGCAGCACUUUUUCACAUAGUAACAAGGUAACCAAUAGGAAAAAAGGAAUAACAAGGUAUAUAGGUCCCUCCCAGUGAUGUCAUUUCCUCUUUCUUUUCUGCUUCACACCAGUACAGGUCAGAGUGCCACUGUCUCCUACUUCUGUGGGUUUCUGUGGUUUAUCUACUAAUUUAUCUGUCAUCUGCUUUAUUCAUUUUUCUGUUCAUAUAUACAUACCCUACUUAUCAUAUACUUUUGAGUUUGCUCUUUUAACUAUUACUUUCCUAAAUUUAUCUAUUUAAUAUAUGUUUUUUCCUCAUUUCAUUUUUCUUUGGUAUUUCUUUUUAUUUCUCACUAUCCUGUCUAUUUUUUCCAUUUUAUUGCUUUUACCUUUGCUCUAGCCCGGUUUUCUUCAUGCGGCAUUUUUCCCCUGUUUUCCCGGGCUUUUCGGACCGUGGGGAACGCCUCCAACGGUCCUGAGUGUACACGGCGGCCAUCUUGGAUCUCGCGCUCCUCCGCGAGAUCCACACGGCUGUCUCUCCUCUCUAGUGCGCACGCGCGAGAUCGCGGCGGCCAUUUUCUUGGAGCCGCGAUCUGCAUUUCACCCCGGCCGUGCGGCGGCCAUUAUACCGCUUUACACAGCGGUUAUAUGUAUUUAUAUUAAAUCUUUUACUGUUCUUAAUUUAUCAAUUUAAUUAUCAGUUUAUCUAUAAGUCUAACAUAAUUUCUGGCAUACUCCCCUCAUUCACAUAGGAGGGAGUUUCACUUCAAAGCUUAGUGCAUCUUUGCCUCAGUCUACCUCCCCCUGGUGGUGAAACUUAUACUGCAUCCAAACUAUCUUGCACAUUUUAUUCUCAUACAAUACCAUUUUACUUGGAUUUACAUCAAUAUAUUCCUACAUAUAAAUGGAGUCACUUUUCUCUAUAUAUUUAUUUUGAGCAAUUCCACAUAUAUCCUUUAUGAUUGAUACAUCUCAUAUUUAUACUGUGCAUGUGUAAGGUUAAUUACCUAAAUUUAAUAUAUGAUUGCUGUUACUUUAUACAGCCCAUGAUUGGCCCGCUUUGUCUGUGCCACUAUACCUCUAUACGGGUAUGAAAAAGUAUUCCCUGAGGUGAUUUAUACUGGGUGACCCCCAAUUACAGCUUGCAAUGUGGAAUUAUAACAUACUGUGAUAUUUCGUGACGGCCUUACAAUACACUCUAACACUGGCCUAUUCUGCCCCAGAGGUACCAACACUGUUGCUAUGGAGGCUUCAAAUCAAGAUCAAAACUUGCAAGCAAUUAUUAAUGCAGCUGUGGCUGCUUCACUAGAAAAGGCCCUGGCUCGGGUGCUGCCCGUUGAAUCAAAAGAUCCUAAAAGUUCAGGAACCCCGCAUUCUGAUGAAGAUGUGGAGGAUUCCGACUCCUCAAAAAGAAACCCUUCCAAACCCAGUAAACGUUAUUGGAAAGGGAAUGGGCCUGAACCACUCAAAUGCAAGGGGAAAGAACUGGCAAAAUGCCCUAAACAGGCGGAUGUUAGAGAGAAACACUCCAUCCAGCCUACUCUGUCGGAAGAGGACGAAGACUCUUUCGACUUACACCCCUUAGCCAUCCUAGAUGAAUGGCAAGCUGACCACUCCUCAGAAGAUGAGGAAGACUGGCCUGAGACAUCUUUUAAGGGAGCACCUCGCCCUCAAUCUAUCUUGGGAGAACUCCCAACCGAAGAUAAGAUACCCGGAUCAAAUCCAUCUGGAGACGCUGAAUUUUUUCUGGAUACACUUGGCCAGCCUCUUUUUGACCCAAGACAAAUUAGAUAUCCCCGAUCAUCUGAAUGGUCACUACCAGACCAUCUUUCCCAGUAUAUUCAUUUCUGGAUCAGAAGGCCCCUAGAUCGGGAGAUUCGAAAAAGACUACGAGCGGAAUGCCCUAGACCCACUCUACCGGAUAAGGUGGCGGUGACUCCGGAGUUUGAUACGCUACUCUACACAUAUCUGGCCAGAUCGGGCCGUGACCCAAGGAAGGGCAUUGAGCGCAGCCUACGCCUCACCCAAGAUAAAAUGCUAGAUAUCUUAGGACCUCUAGCUAAAAUUCUUCUACUGGCUGAUGAAGCCUUAUCUAAUGAAGGCCCUCUAGACCCAUCUGUGAUUAGAGAAUGGGCGCUACGCUCUAUUUGCCUGCUGGGCAAUGUGAAUACAUCCCUCUGUACUGAGCGUAGAAAAGCAGUGCUGCUGCGUAUGGAUGCCAAGUUAGCUGACUUGGGAUCCAAAGAAUUGGGCCCCAAAGCAAAGGGUCUAUUGUUUGGAGAACCCUAUAUUAAAGAAUUGCAUAAGCAUGUAAACCUAUACGCCACACUAAACAAGGCGCAGUCAUCCAUGAAAAAGGGUAUUUCAUCAUCAACCCUCAUGGGUUUUUGGCAGGGCUGGCCGUACAAGGGGUCGUACAGUCAGCCGUUUCUGGACCACAAACCAAUGCCAGAGAACCCCAACUUCAUCAUUCUUCCCCAACUAUCAAUCAAGGGGCUCUUUCACCCAAAGGGCGGAUAAGGGAAGAGGAUACAGAUCCCGCGGACGCAACAGAUAUCCAACAGGUGAGAUUUCCUACCUUUCACCUUUCUACUGUUUACCAUGCGGGCAGGUUGUUACACUGUGUAAACAUGUGGAAGACACUGUCUUCAGAUGCCUGGGUCCUAAACACAGUUCAGGGUUAUUCCAUAGAGUUUCACUCUCUCCCUUCUCAAACAGAUUACCCUUACUAUCAAAAAUGUCAAAGUCUCAAAGUCUCCUUCUAGAUUCAGAACUACGUUCUCUUUUGACAAAAGGAGCGAUUCAACUCGCUCCACUAGACGAAGGUUUCCUCAGCUCCAUCUUCUUAUUCAAGAAGAAAUCAGGGGACUUUCGCCCAGUAAUCAACCUCCGUCAACUAAACUCUUUCGUUAUUUACAGACAUUUCAAAAUGGAAGGGAUUCAUCUCCUCAGAGACAUUCUCCGACCAGGCGAUUGGUUCACUCGUCUCGACCUAAAGGACGCUUACCUCUCGGUUCCAGUCCACCCAUCCAGUCAGCGUUUUCUCCGCUUUCUUUGGCACCACCGGAUUUUCCAAUUCACCUGCCUUCCAUUCGGUCUGAGUUCCGCCCCGUGGUGCUUCACCAAACUGCUCAAACCAGCCACCGCACAUCUUCGAGAAAACGGCAUCCGCUGUUUGAUUUACUUCGACGACCUCUUGCUUCUCUGCGAAGACGCAUCCAGACUGCGUUCACAGACGAACUAUACAUCUGCAUUGAUCGAAUCUUUGGGGUUCGUCAUAAACCAAGAGAAAUCGUCACUGUCCCCAUCCAGAGUUAUUCAAUUUUUCGGCUUCGAGAUCGAUUCUUCAACCUGUGUUCUUCGUCUACCUCAAUCCAAGUUAACUGUGAUCAGGAAGGAACUACGCAAAACACUUCGUCAAGAGGAUUUACCUCUCCGAGGUUUAGCUCGAAUCGUAGGCCUACAUUCUGCUUCUAUUCAGGCAAUCUACCCAGGCCCCCUUCACUACCGGGCCAUGCAACGCUUGAAAGCUCAAUUCCUUCUGACUCAUCCAUCAUACGACCAGAGGGUCCCGAUCACUACGGAGGUGAGGGAGGAACUCCUUUGGUGGCUCCGCCACAUGUCGGCCUGGAACGGCAAGGCAAUUUUCGGUCCUACCCCGGACUAUGUAGUGGAAUCAGAUGCGAGUCUCCAGGGUUCGGGUGCAACCUGUCAUACAACCUCCACCGGAGGACCAUGGACCACCUCAGAACACUUUCUCCACAUCAAUUGUCUGGAGUUAAUCGCAGGCUCGUUCGCAAUUCGCAGUUUAACCAACCAUCUCUCAAACUGCUGUAUUCUCCUUCGGAUGGACAAUAUCUCAGCUGUCCAAUACAUCAAUAAAUUGGGCGGGGCCAGAUCCCGCAUCCUCUCCAAAGUGACAAAAGACAUCUACGAGUUUUGCUUCCAACGCAACAUCUCACUUCGAGCGGAAUAUCUCCCAGGGGAAUCGAACAUCACCGCAGAUUGGUUCUCCCGACAUUGGAGAGACGGCAGCGACUGGCGCCUACACAGAACAAUCUUCCUCCACAUCUCCAAACUCAGGGGCCCGUUUACCCUAGACCUAUUCGCCUCCCGGACAAAUUUUCAAGUCCCACGGUUUUUCAGCUGGCUUCCAGACCCAGAAUGUUUAGCUGUAGAUGCCUUCCUUCAGAGUUGGCCGACGACGGGAGCCUAUGCUUUUCCUCUGUUUGCAAUGAUUCCCAGAGUUCUCCUUCAGAUUCGCAGACAACAGAUCACUCUGGUACUACUCACCCCACUAUGGCGGGGCCAAGCUUGGUUUCCGGAUCUUCUGGACCUCUCCUGCCAAGAGCCCCUCCUUCUGCCUCCAUGGCCCAAUCUCCUGGAGGAUCCUCAAGGGAACCUUCAUCCAAUGGUAACACAAGGCCACCUCCAACUUGUAGCCUGGACUCUUUCAGGGGAACCUGGCACUUCGGAGGACUAUCGCAGAGAUCUAAGGAACUCCUAUGGGAUUCGUGGGCUCCUGGAACUAGAAGAUGCUAUCUUUCCUCCUGGAACGCUUGGUGCAAUUGGUGCCUGGAAUGGAAUACCGAUCCCCUUACGGUCCCUAGACAGUUCAUUUUGAAUUUCCUCUCUCAUCUAUUCGAUCUAGGCCGUUCCUACAGAUCCAUCAACGUUUCCUGUUCAGCCAUCUCGGCAGCCCAUGUUCCUCUAGACGGAGUUCCGGUGGGCCAGGAUGAACUGGUUUGUAGACUAUUGCGGGGCAUCAAACUGGCUCGCCCCCCUAAACCGAAAUACUCCCAUCUGUGGGACGUUAAUGUCAUGAUUCGUUUCCUCGAGUCCUGGCCGAACAACGAAGAUCUAUCCCUUUGUCAACUCUCUGCAAAAUUCACUCUCUUACUUUGCUUAGUGUCCUUCCGACGAGUGUCGGAUGUUCGAGCAUUUGACCAUGACUCUAUCAACUUUUCCCCAGAGGGUGUCACUUUCUCCGUGUCCAGACGGACAAAAUCAAACUCCUCUUCUAUUUUUUACCCUUACUUCCCUAACCACCCGAAGCUGUGUGUGGUAUCUCUUCUAUCUCGUUAUUUGUUUUUCACCUCCUCUCUUCGUCCAACGUCUUCCAGCCAACUUUUGGUCUCAUACGUCCGGCCACAUAAUCCAGUGUCAACCACAAACCUUGCCCGAUGGGUUAGGUGGUUGCUCUCCAUAGCCGGGAUUGAAGCCUCCUUCGGAGCCCACUCCAUCAGAGGAGUGGCAGCAUCGGGGGCAUUCAGCGCUGGAGCCUCGCUUCGAGACAUUCUUCAAUCCGCUGACUGGUCCCGAGAACAGACGUUCCGCAACUUCUAUUUUCGUCCGGCUGUGCACGCUUCCUUGGCCCUUCUCGGGGAGCGUUAAAACAGCAAAUACGAAGCCUCCUGUCAUGUUAUAAAAUUGUAGAUUAUGCUAGCUUUAGUGUACCUAUAAUCUUAAUUUUAUUAAUGACAGGAGGCGAGUAUUUCCCACCACUCCUACUUUCGUUUUUUUCUAAAACAAGAACGAACACACUAUGCCUUACUACCAUGGGGGUUAGGAGUUAUUUUUCUAUGAUGUAUAGAUUAACUUUUCUAGCGAGCUAUAAUGUAUGUUUCAUAUCAACUGGUUAUCAUAAUUUCAAAGUCCAAUUCACGGAUUAAUCCUUGGCUUCGACUCUGCUCUCUCGUUUCAGCAUAAAACUCCCUUAAGAGAUCCAGCCUAGUUGCUGCUCCAUCACAAGCUUCUCCUCCACUCCAAGUUCUCAAGUCUACAUUCCUGUCUCCCUCUCAAGCAUCACUCUUCAAGUCUGGCAUCCUGAAUCACUCAUCUGGUUCCUUCAGUUCCGGUUCCUAUUUGUUCGCAGCCAGAAAGAGGAAAUUACAUCACUGGGAGGGACCUAUAUACCUUGUUAUUCCUUUUUUCUUAUUGGUUACCUUGUUACUAUGUGAAAAAGUGCUGCUGUGAAGCUUAAGUAAAGAAAGUCUUAAGCAAAUACUCGCCUCCUGUCAUUAAUAAAAUUAAGAUUAUAGGUACACUAAAGCUAGCAUAAUCUACAAUUAAUCAGGCAUUCCCUCCUAUUCUCACACCCCAAUUUGAUAUAUGUAAGGAAAUGGCGGCCUGGCUUUAUGUAAACCUUGUGUAAUCCCUUAAAUAGAAUGCUAGGGGGUCUCCAGUCCCCCAUCAUUAAUGGUGCCAAAUGCCAAUCCCCUUCCUCAAUCCCCACUAUGGAGUGAGAGAGGUAUAGUGCUAACAGGAUGCCUAUUCCAACCGACUCAAGAUGGGCAGAGAUUAUCCAGGACAAAAUGUCAUAAACAAUCCUUGCUUUACUUUUAUACCCUAAAUAUUAGCAGGAAUGAAGGCACAUCCUUAGCUUUUAACAUGUUUGAUAAAAUAGCUUGAAAACUAAAUAUUACAUACAAUACCUAUCACAUCUAGUCACAUCACAACUGUCAUUAUAUGCCCACCUGUUCUGAUCUUGUGUAUGCUGAAAAUGGCAUAUUCUACCCAUAAAGAAAAACUUGAUCAUAAUUGAUUCUAUUUCAAAGUGGAAUGUUUUACUCAGUGACAAGGAUAAUAUUGCCAAUUCAAAGCACUGACAUCAACUUGUGAUGAUGUGUUGGAUUGUAGCAUAAAUGUUAAAAUAAAACAUAAAAAAAACAAGUAACAAAUUGUUCAAAGUUUUCACACCUAGAUAAUCAAACCCAAAAUCCCAAGAAUAUAUAUAUAUAUAUAAAAACUGAACAAAAUUAUAAACGCAACACUUUUGUUUUUGCCCCCAUUUUUCAUGAGCUGAACUAAAAAAUCUAAAAAAAUUUCUAUGUACACAAAUGGUCUAUUUCUCUCAAAUAUUGUUCAUAAAUCUGUCUACCUCUGUGUUAGUGAGCACUUCUCCUUUGCCGAGAUUAUCCAUCCACCUCACAGAUGUGGCAUAUCAAGAUGCUGAUUAGACAGCAUGAUUAUUACAAAGGUGUGAGCCUCAAAACUUGCAACAUCUGUGGCAUUGUGCCGUGUGAUAAAACUGCACAUUUUAGAGUGGCCUUUUAUUGUGGCCAACCUAAGGCACACCUUUGCAAUAAUCAUGCUGUCUAAUGAGCAUCUUGAUAUGCUACAUCUGUGAGGUAGAUGGUAAUCUCAGCAAAGAAGUGCUAACUAACACAGAUUUUGACAGAUUUGUAAACAAUAUUCAAGAGAAAUAGGCCUUUUGUCUACAUAGAAAAAGUCUUAGAUCUUGGGUGCAAAACCAGAAGUGUUGCGUUUAUAAUCUUGUUCAGUGUAUAUAUAUAUAUAUAUAUAUAUAUAUAUAUAUAUAUAUAUAUAUAUAUAUGGAGAAAUAAGGGAUACACUCUCAGGUCUUUACAAAAAAUCUGUUGGUAUUUAUUAAAUAAAUAAAAGAGUUACAUCAUCUGACCGACGUUGGUAUUUAUUAAAUAAAUAAAAGUUACAUCAUCUGACCGACGUCGGUCAGAUGAUGUAACUCUUUUAUUUAUUUAAUAAAUACCAACAGAUUUUUUGUAAAGACCUGAGAGUGCAUUCCUUAGUUCUCCAUAUAUUCUACAACGUGGGAUUGCACCAAGGCAUCAAGAUAUUUAUUUAAUGGGAGAUAGGGUGAGUGCCAAGCUUUCUAUUUUUGUAUAUAUAUAUAUACAUAUAUUAAGGCCUUUUGGCCUGUAAUUGUGGGAGGGGCAUAUGACACACUCCUUCCCUACUUAAGGGACACCCCUUACCUGGCUCCAUACCGUUCAAGGUCAUCGCUGCAUGAGGAUCCACUUCCGGUUCUCGUACGACGCCAUCUUGGUUUUCAGAAAUCCACGAUUUCUUCAAGUGUAGCUGUGUUCUGGAAUCCCUUUUUGAAGGUCUUUUCCGCCCGUCCAGCUCCUUGUAAACUCCGGUCUUCGUCGAAGACAGCGUCCCAGGGACUUCAAAAUCGUAAGUCCGACGCCUGGAUCAUUCCCACGGCGUUCCGUUUUUCAAACGGGUCCUCACUUUACGGCUCUCCGGCCUUACGGCAAGGUCGCAAAUCAUACGUGGUUUUCCCAUUUCAGUUUAUAAAUUCGUGCUAUAAUCCUUUCAGCAUGUUUGUAAUGUAUUACAUAUGGUACUCAUGCACACCAUUUCGUGUCAUUUCAUUUUCAUUCAUUUUACCGAAAAGCACUCAUUCAUGCUGCUUUCCGUUCGGUUUAAUUCAAUCGGUACACAUUAUCUUGCAUCUAGGUCGGUCAAACUUGCAGAAUGACACUGCUCUUUCUUUUCAUUCUAAUGGAGCUUUCGGCAGUUUUGCUCAGUUAUGCACAAAUUCGUUCACAUUUUGCAUACGGCAAACUCUGGUUCUGUUUAUAUACCUUUCUAUGUACUGUUAUAAAUUUGUUUAAAUCUGUCAUACUUUUAUAUAUAUACUUAUUCAUACCAUGCUAGGUUUUUCAUUUUGAUUAACAUUUUCUCAUGUAUAUUGGUUUAGUUUAUAGUUAUUUAAGUUACUUAAUUAUAGAUAUUUCAGGUAUAUUACAGUUAUGAUUUAGCCUACAAUUAUGGCUUAUUCCUAAAUUCUUAAGGAGAUCAUGCUUUUAUUCAACCAUGUACAUCAGGAUUACAUGGCUCUUACAAUCUUCAGACCAUUUCUUGACAUACUCAGACGACAUACCACGAGUAUACAAGAACACAGUCCUAUCUUUCACAAGACUUUCGGGUUGAAUCACACGCUUUGGUUCAACCAUUCAUAUGUCACGUUACAAAAACUUUUUUGUCACUUCACAAAAUUCACCUCAUCCACAUCAUUCCAAUUUUAUGCCAUGGCACAUAUAUAUAUUCUAUACAUAGUCAUUCCAACCCUCCCUGCACUUUUUAAUACUCAAACCCUAGCAUUUCCCACAUCACUUAGUGACAUACGUAUCAUUUGGUCACCCUCUGUAGACACACAUACACGGCCAAGCCCCUACUACCCGGUUCAAACUCAGCUUUACGCCUAGCAUGGGCCAGUCAUGUCACUAUCAUACUCAUAGUCUUUUUACCUCCCGCAAAUACUGGUAGAAGCCCAUACCCCACCUUUACAUACUACAAGUCUCACAGGAUCCAUGCUCACUCUAUCACUUUGUUUCUACCCAUUUAGGUUUAUCCAGGUGUUGUUAUACCUGUCGAAUCUCAAAACUUUAUACAUACUACCAGGUACGUAAGCCUGCUCACGUUGUAGUUCACAUACGUUUCAUUUUCUCUAGGCCAUAGAGUACUGGCAAGUUAGGGGUAUAGGCCCAAAUAGGUAUCUCCCUUCUUGGCAUUCUGCCUAUCGUUUAGUGGUCCGCGAGGCCAACACCCCGCCUCAAUGUUUCGGAGGCAACGCCCAUCGGGCCACACGUGAGUUAGCCGCCUCGCAAUAUUAUAGAGAGGGCCUCACCUGUCACUCCCUCCCCCUGUUUUCUUUUACUGUCACUGAGAGGCCUACGAUUCCUGCCACUACGACGGGUGGCCUCAAUAUCCCCUCGCGCCAACGCAUAGACAGAGCCUCUCAUAGCCACUUGGCAACUAACAGGGCCUCACCUGUCACCAAACAAGAUUAAUUUUUCGCCUUUACAGCCUAGUUAGCCUGCCAGUACCACCCCUGGGUUCCAUACACUAACCAAAAUAUUUUUAUCAUUUAGUAUGUCUCAAGAAGGGGUAGGGAUUUCUCCCUACCGGGCACCGCGGCUAGAGCAAACUCCCCAUAACAGGGAGGAGAGGUGGCUAGUCCAGCAUCUUUUAGGUCAUGGACAAUCCCUCGCAUUACCAACAAACUCAGGAGAUGGCAAAUCCCGUUCCCUGCUACAGCAAGGAAAGCAGAACUCUACAAAUUACUGCACACCUCUACCGAUAACAUUGAGGCCGGGGAAGGGACUAGCCAGUCUAACCCAGGAGAAAUACACGGCAUGCUCUCAUCCCUCAUGGCAUCCAUGAGCAAGGUCAAUUCCAGGCUGCAGAAACUUGAAUCGGUCACCACAGCCCUUACCAUGGUUAGGCCCGCCGCUCCGACCCCUCCAGCACUGGUCAAGUUGCAAUCAGUUUCUCCAGCCACCACCUCUGAUGAUCAAGAGGUUAACCCUGCUCAUAUGAUACCUGAGCACCUCAAAAGAGAUAUCCUGGAAGGUAAAGAUGUCAACUUGGCUUCAUUGCUGAUUGCCUCCCAAGAUGUGGUGGAACAUAAGACUUACGCUUAUGAUGAUAUUUCUGUGGUGGUCAAAUCUAGGGAUGCCCGAUUAAACAGGAAACUGACCAUCCCUGAAUUUGUGUUGGCAUUUGGCAUUUAUCGUGAUGUUAUCUGUGCAGUAUAUCCCCACAGACCUGAGGAGUUUGAUUUGUAUAUGCACAAGCUGGUGGACCUGGGCAACAAAUAUGGUGGGUCAGCUUUCUAUGAUUACCAUAGAUCCUUUUCUGCCAAGGUGCCUGGCGCUUUCUCCCAGUACGGGACAAGGUCCAACUUUUCCAAGAUUGAUACGGUCAUUUUCUGCAGACACUUUGCAGGUCUAAGAACGCCGGCUUGUGCAUACUCCUCCUCCAUGGCUCAAACGGCUAAUUUCUGUCCAACCACUGCGAACGAACCUGCCCCCUCGCAGGGCACUAGUUCCACUGGUUCUGCAGAAAAAACACCCAAAGACAAACUGGACGGCCUAUCAAGUUUCUGGGCAAGUCCUAGAUAUGUAAUAAUUUUAAUGUCGGAUCAUGUAAUUAUAGUGGAUGUUGGCCAUUGCAUAUAUGUUUAAAAUGUUACAGGGCACAUGCCAAAACCAUGUGUCCUAAUAAAAUGUUUCCUAAACAAUACUUAACGUCGAUAAACAUUUCUGUACUUACGACAUUACUGUCACAUCAUCCAUCUAGACAUUUGGUAGAAUUCAUUAUAUCGGGGCUAUCAGAAGGAUUCCACACAGGUCUCAUACACAUGCCUUCCGGAAUCCUGGAAUGUCCAAAUUUACAAUCCGCACAACAAAAUCCUACAGCGGGUGACACACUCAUAGCCAAGGAAGUGGCAGAGGGCUUCCUAUUGGGGCCCUUCCAGUCCCCUCCUUUCACCACAUGGCGAACAAACCCCAUCGGUAUUGUCACGAGGAAAUCUUCCCACAAACAGAGACUUAUCAUCGAUCUAUCGGCACCACACACCUCUGCCACUCCUAGUCUGAACUCCCUUAUACCCUCUGAGGAAUUUUCACUGCACUAUUCCACCAUAGAUCACGCCAUUACGGCUAUCAUGCAGGCAGGGGUCGGAGCAUGGCUCAGUAAGACCGAUAUAACAAAUGCUUUUAAGUUACUGCCUAUCCACCCUACACUCUGGCACCUACAUGGCAUCAAGUGGGCCGGGAACUACUACUUUUUCUCACAAUUAACUUUUGGUUACAAAAGUAGUCCAGCCAUCUUCGACGUAUUCGCCGAAACCCUAUGCUGGUUAUUAUUAAAUGUAGCCAGAUGCCCUACAGUUAUACAUUAUCUGGAUGAUUUCUUACUGGUCGAGGAUAAUAUUUCCCCUCCCAGUAGCCUCAAAGAAACCAUCAGUCUUUUCAAACAGUUGUGUGCCCCAGUCUCCCCCACCAAGACUGAAGGACCAGAUACCUUCAUCACAUUCCUGGGUACCAUACUAGACUCAGCCACCAUGCAAGCGAGCCUGCCACGCAACAAGGUAGAAAACAUUCUUACAAACAUAAAUCUCUACAUACAACUCGAUACUUGCAACCGCAAAGAACUACAGUCUCUGCUGGGGUCACUAAAUUUUGCUAUGCGCAUCAUACCUCAAGGCUGGGCUUUCAUCUCACGACUCCUUCACAUGUUCACACUUUUCAGACAUGAUGCACACAGGUUAUCCCUGGAUACCACAGCCACGGCAGACCUACUCAUGUGGAGAAACUUUUUGACCACCUGGAAUGGUAAAAGUAUGUUCCUCCCUAAAUUGUCUGACUCCUCAUCUACCAUCUGGUCAGACGCGGCGUCUACCAAAGGUUUUGCAGCAAUUUACGGAACGAAUGACUUUGGGGUAGCUGGCCUUCAGAAGUUAAGGACCUGGAAGGUUUUUCCACUACCUCAGCUCUGUUUGAGAUAUAUCCCAUAGUGGCGGCUGCCGUGGCAUGGGGGCAUUUAUGGGCAGGUUCGCCAGUACGUUGCUACUCAGACAACCAAGCAACUUGCCACAUUAUUAACAAAGGCCGAUCCAAAUCACUAACUAUUAUGAGAUUCCUGAGAAAACUCACUUGGUUGGCUGCAUGUCAUAAUUUCUUCUUGUUUUGUGUUCAUGUUCCAGGUGUAUGUAACACGGCUGCUGACAAUUUGUCUCGUUUUAAUUUCCAGGCCUUUCGUCAAAUACUCCCGUCAGCCAUACUCACAGCCACGACCACUCCACUAUUCCACCAUCUAGUAAUGGACUAGACGCUAUCAUGCAACAUAGCAGAACAUUGGCCCAAUUAGCACUGUCUACUAAUACCCGAAAAACUUACGACAGAGCUUUCAUUUUAUUUAAAAGAUUCCUUUCGGAACACAACAUCUUACAACCUUUAAUCAUGACAUCAUUGUUGGGCUUUGCUUCUUUUUGCCACCUCAAACUCAAAUUAUCAUACAACACAAUCAAACUAUAUCUGACAGGCAUCCAACAUCACAUGCUAACUUUACAACUCAACAAUUCAAGUUUCAUGUCCGCCUACCAAAUUAAGAACAUCCUUAGGGGUAUUCAGAGAUCCAAACCUCCACGUACGGCCCAGAGACUGCCCAUAGAUUUCCAUAUUUUUAAAGACUUAUCCAACUUACUAGAUUUAAAACCUUUUGCCAACAGCACAAAUCUUGUCAUUAAAACCACCACAUACGUAGCUUUUUAUGGUUUCUUGAGACCAAGAGAAUUUACCGCCAUCAGCACAACACAGUCCACUCACAUCCUACUUCAUUUACACUUAACAAAACACACGGACUCUUAUACCCUGACUCUGCCUCAUUCCAAAACCAGUCAACAUGCACCUCCAGUAGAGGUUAAGUACUAUCCUACUCACAACAGGUGGUGCCCUGUCAAACUACUGGAUUCAUAUACCAAGCAUACCAACACAUCACCACAUCAACCACUUUUCAGUCUACAAGGUUCGGUACUCACUACCACCACCUUCAUGAUACACGUCAGGUCCUUACUUACUCAGCUGGGCCUCAAAUCAGCUAACUAUUCGGGCCACUCCUUCCGCAUAGGAGCGGCCUCCACAGCAUCCAGUGCAAACAUCCCAGUUCAUGUUAUCAAGUCACUGGGGCGCUGGAAAUCAUCAGCUUACUCUAGAUACAUACCUAACCCGGUACAAGAAGUAAGAAAUGCUUUUCAAAACAUGUCUGGUUAAAUGUACGUAUAUUGCUGGUAUGUAAUAAAUUUGAUUUUCUAUUUUUGCCCUCUUUAUUUACAGGCUUACCUCAUCGUCGGUUCCGGCACACCACAAGCGACUUGCUCUUUUAAUACCAUCCUAUACUUAUCAGUGUUUGUUUCUUCUGUACUAUCAUGAGCCCUUACCACAAAUAUAUAUAUUUGUAUAGUAUUACUAUUUAUGUUAUAUUACCCUAUAUUUAUAUAAAAUAAAAUGUAACUAAAAUGUAUUUGCAGAUAUUUUGGUCUGUUUGUCCCAUCUGUUCUGUAUUUUCCAUCUGAUGGGACCUUUUGCAUUCACACGGAUGGAAAUCUUGGUAAAUACUCCGCUUUGACGGUAAACCUAGAGUCCGAAUCUGGAACCACUAACCUUCAUACUGUACAGGACGCGAGCCAGGGUCCAUUUCACUGUCAUGUCUUUCAGGUGAAUGUUAUUACCAUUAUAAGGCCACUAACUAACUCUAUUAGAUUAAAAAAAGGAUUAUGCAAUAACAUGUAAAUGCAUUUGCAUCAAAGACCACAUUAUUUCCUCCUUCCUUUCAUUUAUCCUUAUUCUAUAAUAAUUAAAUUAAUCCCGUUCAUUCCAUGAUACUUGUUGAUGACUGUAUUUCAGAUACUUUACAUGGGCGUCUGCAGGGGGGGUAAAGGGGGGAACUUGCCCCCCCCCCCUGGAUUUUUCAGCUUGUUCUGAUAUUUUUAGUGUGAUUGAAAAUGAACUGCAAUACCUGCAAUACAAACAUAUAUUCCUGACACCAUAGUUGUGAAAACGCUAUUCACCCUGGCUUUAUGUGAUAAUGGCAAUGCCCCUUCCCUUUCAUGACACUGUCAAAAAGGUACCAAGCAUGGAUGUCAUGACAAUUAUGCCAAAAAUAUAUGUUUGUAUUCCUGACACUAUAGUGUUCCUUUAAGCAAAUUAAAGGACCAUUCUGGUCACCAUAACAACAUCACCUAAAUGAAAAUGCUAUGAUGCCAGGAAGCCCCUGGGUGCUCGCUUUCCUUUAAGGGGUUAAAUCACUCUCAAAUGGUUUAACCCCAAAGGCUUCCUCCAGCUCCAGGUCGCUCAGUGGUAUUUGGCUUCUGAAACAGAGUGUCAGGAAGUGCAGAUUGACGUCAGGCAUGGGUGCCGCUGAUUGGCUAGAGUGGACAGUUGACGCUCUAAGCCAAUCGCUAGUUCCCGGUUCAUAAAAUAUUUUUACUUUUUUAUGAAUGGGGAGCUACUGAUUGGCUUAGAGUGCCAGCUGACUGCUCUAGCCAAUCAGCAACACCCCUACCCAACGGCACUCUGUGCUUCCUGACACUCAGUAAAUAAAAGUGAACACAUUAAUACUGAUAUUUUUUUACCUUUGGAGAUGAGAAGGUCCAGCAUUUCCCUGCCUGGCCCAGGUACCAAAGCCUUAUGAUGUGGUGUCCAGGAUAAAGUGGAGGAUUCACUUCAUUUGUCCUUCCUGCUCCAAUCUCCUUUUCCUCUCCUUCAUUUGACAGUCUUUUUUUUUUCUUCUGACACUGUUUUCUAUCCUUGACCUUUCUGCUACUUUAUGCUUAUUUUGCGCCCUUCUGCUCCUUUCUCAUUCUGAUCCCUUUCUGCUCCUUGCAGACCCUUUCUCCUCCCUUUUCUACUUUAUCUUUGUGCUCCUUGCUGUCCCUUUCUGCUCCUUCUCCUACUUUACCUUUGUGCUCCUUCUGACUCUUUCUGCUCCUUUACCUUUGUGCUCCUUCCUGCUCCUUGCAGGCCCUUCCUGCUCAUUCUCCUAUUUUACCUUUGUGCUCCUUCUGCCCCUUCCAGCUCAUUUCUGACCCUUUCUGCUCCUACUUUACCUUUGUGCUGCUUUACCUUCCAGCUCCUUGCUGACCCUUCCUGUUCAUUUCUGUUCCUUUGUGCUCCUUCUCCUACUUUACCUUUUGUGCUCCUUGCUGUCCCUUCCAGCUCCUUGCUGUUUCUGCUCCUUGAUGUCCCUUCCUGCUCAUUUCUGUUCCUUCUCCUUUUCUUACUUUACCUUCCUGCUCCUUGCUGACUCUUCAUGUAGGCUGUCUCCCCCAUCCCUCCAUUCCAUAGGUGUGUGCACGGGGUGUGUUGGGUGUGCAUGGGCACGCCAAUGGAUUGACACCGGCAGGGGAGAUCUCUGGAUCUCCCCGGUCGGCUCAUGCAGAGCCGACGCUAUCCGAGGGAAGGCAGCAGGACUGGGAAGGCAGCAGGACUGGGAUAUUAACUAAUCUGCCCCCACCUCCACCCAAACAUCCAGCACACACACACACACAGCACCUACACACAGCACACACAGCCCACAAACAGCACCCACACACAUACAUCACCCUCGCACACACAGCACCCACACACACCCAGCACACUAACAGCAUCCUCACAAACACACAAAACCCACACACAACACCUGCACAGCACCCACACACAAACAGCACACUCACACACAAACAGCACCCUGACAAACACACAACAAAUAGCACACUAACAGGACCUGAACAAACACGCGCACACAAAUACCCUCUCACACACACACACAGCACACUACCAGUUCCCUCACACACAGCACACUAACAGCACUCUCAAAUCUAUAGGCUGCUGCCCCCCCAAAUCUAUAGGCUGCUGCCCCCCCCAAAUCUAUAGGCUAUCUCAAACCCUCCCCCAUCCCUCACUCCCCUAAUCAAACCCUCCCCCACCCUCUAUGACUCCCCUUAAUCUAUAGGCUGCUGCCCCCCCAAAAUCUAUAGGCUGCUGUCACCCAACCUAUAGGCUGCUGCCCCCAAAUCUAUAAAAAAAAAUCUAUAGGCUGCUGCCCCAAAUCUAUAGGCUGCUCCCCCCAAAAACCAGCCUCACUCCCUAACCUAUAGGCUGCUGCCCCCCCAAAAAAAAUCUAUAGGCUAUCUCAAACCCUCCCCCCACUUACCUGGUCUGUAGGCUGUCUCUGGCUGCAUGUGUUGCUCCCCUGCGGUUUCAAUCAGCAGAGAGAAGCAGGGAUAAGAUGCAGCUUCCUAUCCCUGUCUCUCUCCAUACACAGCGCCACCUACUGGCCGGUAUUGCAGUUCAUUUUCAAUCACACGAAAAAUAUCAGAACAAGCUGAAAAAUCCAGGGGGGGGCAAGUGCCCCCCCUUUCCCCCCACUGCGGACGCCCAUGUGAGUGUAUUUCUUUAAUCACUCUGUGUUGUAUUCUAUAAUAAUUACUACAUGAGCCAGGACUUGUAUUGUUUACCAAUAUAUGUAUUUUGUUAAUAUCCUACUGCAUAUAGCUUCACCAGUUGCCAACACCAUUUAAAUAAAACAUAUUUCCCUUUUCCCUUAACUUUGCUAUAUAUUCAUUGUGUUUUAUGUCUAAGGUACCUUCCCCCUCUGGUACCGAAGAGAUAGUAAAAAUUGAAAUACGGGGACUGACCUCAGGGGAUUCCUCUGAUCAACUCAGCAGCAAAUCCGUGGCCAUCCGUAGAAAACAGAACGGAACUUUUAUCCAAACAGACAAGUCUAUAUAUAAACCUGGACAAAAAGGUAAUCUAAUUAUAUAUGGCUGAGUGAAUGCAAACAUAAACUAAAGAUUAAGCAGUACAAUUAAAUUAUAAGCAUGUGCAAAGGGUAUGACAAGUGUGCCAAAAACACACACUAAUACAAGGCUCAGUUACCACUUCUUACUGUUCCCCAUUUAGGUUCCUAACUUCAAUUAUGUGCCAAUCUGAAAAGCUUAUUAUUUGGCUAAUGAUAAAGAAUAGUGUUUAUCUUUGCAAAUUAUGUUAACAGCAAUUUUUUUUAUUUUUGUAGUUUUGUAUUGGAAAUGUAGGUAUUCAUUUAAAAUAUAGUUUAGUUAUGUUUUAGUUUUUUGAUAACUUGGUGUUUUUGUUUUUGUUUUUGCAUGGAUGUGUUUUCAAUAAACAUUUUCCUUUUAUUAAAAAAAAAAAUCCUCAGAUGUGUACCGAUUCUGAGCAGAUCUAUGUUUAAAAUAACCGUUCAUAUCAUCUCACAUUUAACCUUUAUACCUUAUUAAUACUGUGUUCUAGAAAAGCUACUUAAAAGCAUUGCCUCUAGGUCUUUGUGUCUUUUGGUGUCUUACAGAUGUCCCCUGCUGGAAGAAAUCCAAAAGGGAUUGCACAAAACAACUAAUAAAUAAAAAUAAACAAUAGCAACUCAGUUAUUGUGCCCCAAAUGUAUUAUGCUCUUUCAUUAAUAUAUAUUUUUCCCAUAAAUGUUUUAGAACAAUGUAUUAAAUAGAACAAUUCGACAAACCCACAACUCCUUCCAAGUUGGACAUGGAUAGUCUGUGUUAUGGAAUAAAUGAUUCAUUAACCUUGUGUCUUUCUCUUCUCCAUAGUAAAUUUCCGGAUCGUUACCCUCAGUCAGGAUUUGGAGACAAGCAAUGAGAAGGUGAGCAACUUAAGUCACUUCCUCUUGAUGAUCAAGGUGGAAUAGGGGGAGGUUAAAAAUGUACCCACCAACAAAAUCGUACUAGGUUUCUCAUGAUAAUCAACAUAAAUAUAUAUAUUUUUAAAGUCCUUGUGUUUUUAUUGCCGUGCUUAAAUCCAUUCACUAUUUCAACCUGAUUGACUUUUAGCUUUUUGAACUGCUAAUAUUGCAUGUUUAAUAAGUAAUUUAUCAAUUAAAUAAAUAUUAAUAAAGAGAAUAAUGAAAUAAAAAUAUUUAACCAAGAAAGGUGCAUUUACAUUUUGUGAGAUUUUGCCAGUCUAGAUGUUAUCAAACUUCCUCCCCUCUGCAUAGAACACAUAUGUGAUUGAAACCCACAUUACUUGCAAAGAACAAUGCAUAAGUAAAAUUAUUUUAUAUUAUUUACUACUGUUUAUUGUUUACCGUCCACUGUUUAUGGUUAUCUGCAGGCUUACAAUAUCAAAAUUGGAGGCCUAAAUUUUAUACAUACAACUCAAUGCACAAUCUAAUGUGUAGGCUUUAUUUCAAAACAAUAUAAUUAAGACAAUUAAAUUAGGGUUCUUUUUGUCAUUGAAUCAAAGUAAAGUAACAGUUUGUUUUUAUGAUCAGUAUGUUUCCUACUUGUCUGACAAUUUCACUCUGUCUGUGUCUCUUUUUGUCAGUAUCCAUUGAUCGAGUUACAGGUGAGUGCUGUCUAAUCAAUCUAACCUUAAUGCUACAUAAGUAAAUUGAUGCCAACACGAAAUUAUCUUCUCUUAAAAAUAGAAUCCUGUAAAUAUAAUGUAAAUCUCUAUAAAAAUGAAUUUCCCCUAAAAUGGUUUGCCAAAGUCUUGUGUUUAGCCAAUUUAACACCUUGUACACUGAUGAUUUGAUACUUUUAUUGUUGUUAUUCAACAAUGUUGUGUCUCUACGCAUUUAGUUUUAUGAGUUUCAUUACUGAUAACACAGUAUAUCUGAAACAGAAGGUGGGAAAUAAAAGAAAUUGUGAAAGUGUAAAUAGAUCAGAAAAAAGGAGAAAGUUUAAGGUGUGCAUGCCUAGAAGAGACUAUCUGAUAACUUUUAUUUUUAUAUAUUUUUAAUUAUUUUAUGAAGAAAUGGAAAGAGGUUGGGAUGUCUGAGGGAGAGCAAGGAAUAACCAGACAUUUUAUAUUAGAUGUUACUUUAUCUGGGCAAGAUCGCUGUGUAACAUUAUCUGACCUUACAAAGAUGGCCAAAUUCCUGACUGUAUGAUAGCCAGACAUUCCUCAUUGACAAGACUUAGGAGAGAAGAAGAGAGAGCAUGCACCUUUAGGGCUGCUGGUAUUUUAUGUAGAUGUCUGGCAUUUCAAAUAUAAUAAAGUUUUUUAAUAUUUCUUUUUAAUUAUUAACAUUUCUAAAAAUAUAUAAUUUAUAAAAAACUAAAAUAUCAAAAUAGUAAGCAAUAUCAAAAUAGUAAUGCUUUUCUAUGGGAGUGCUUAAUGUGUUUGCUGUGCAGUAGCCCUCCCUGAUCUGGGGAUGUUGGAGGAGGCAGAGCACUGACCCAGCGCCGAAGGAUAUUGGUGCUGGAGUCGGUAUGAGUACAGAAACUAUAUUUUAACCUUUUUAAUGAUGGGGAGGAGGCUGAAAAGACAAAGAGAUUGACAGCUUUUGGUACACUAUCCACAUCAGUACAUCCAGUGCAGUGAAGAGUAUUCUUAAUAAACAAUGAAUUAUGACAGAUCUUAAAUAAACUUAUAGUAUACAUGGAAAACUUGACAUCAAACCCAUGCAGUGUACACACAGAGUACCACUGUUUGUAAUGUUGAAUGUUUAUUCAUGUUGUUUGCGAAAGGACCCACAGAGGAAUCGCCUGGCUCAAUGGAAAGAUGUCGUCCCCAACAGUGGCAUUGUGGACCUCUCAUUUCAGCUGUCUCCUGAGCCUGCCCUGGGAACUUAUAACAUCAAAACUGAUUUAAUAAACCACGUCUUCACUGUAGAGGAGUAUGGCAAGUGGAAAAAAAUAAAUAGAAUUAUUCAGAUUAUAAAUCCACAGAUGGAAAGAAAGGAGUGCUUUCAUUAAAUUAUUAUGUUUUUGCUAUUACAAUAAAAGCAGCACUAUAAAAAAGAGAAAGUGAGAGAUUCACAAAAUCUAUAUUGCUCUAUCAUGUGGAUGCAUAUAUUUGUAUAUAAUUUGAUGUAAAAUGUGAUUUAAAAUCUGAUGUGUUGCAAAACAUUUAACUUCUGUAGAUAAUUUGAACUACUUGAUUGUUGCUGCAUCUCCUAGUCUUCCUCUUUCUCCAUUCUAUUGCAUGAUGACCAGUUCUUUACAGCCCAUACCAUAUUCUCCAACACUUUCUUUUGUACCCUCCUACACACUCAUCCAUUCUCUGUAAUUCACUACGAUUCACCCAUCAUCUAACUUGUUUUUUUCUUCAGAGUUCUUUCUUUACAUGAUCUCAACUUUCAGUAUAACAUGUAACAACUAACCCUGCAGUUGCAUCUUGUCUUCUUCUAUCUUCAGUGCUUCCUAAAUUUGAAGUGAGUCUUCAAGCUCCACCAUCCAUCACAGUUCUUGACUCAAAUAUGACAGUGACAACAUGUGCCAGGUGAGACAUCUGUGCCAGGUAUUAGUGCACCCAGGAUACUCUGGGAAGUACUAGAAGCAAAUUUGUGGUAACACAGAAAGAACAGGUAUGGUUAACAGAGUGAGCUGAUUGGAACAGGUUUAAAUGUUUCUCAGAUGGUAUAAUUAGGGAAUUGUUAAGGAACAGUCCAAGUGUAAUUUCCCAAUGUGUAUAUCAGGUAUACAUUUGGACAACCAGUUCCAGGCACUGUGACUUUCAAAAUAUGCCAAAAGUGUUGGGGGUCCUAUUGGAGGAGGUGGGGACCUUCCAGUCAAGAUGGAGAAAAUAAAGAGGGAGAAAAUGAUGUUUGUCAUCUUCAUACAGCCAAGGUGAGAGAUGGGAACAGAGUUGUAAGUUGGGAUUGUUGUUUAAGAGAAGUAACAAAAUAAUUGAAAGUGAGUAAAAAUGAACUUAAUACAAGAGAGGAUGUGACAGUCUGACUAACAGAGCAGAAUAGACAAAAAAAAGUGAAAAGUGCUAUUGUACAAUGUAGUUCAAGAUGGUUGUUCAAACAUCGAGCAUAGUUUGAAGGGAAUAUAAUCUUAAAUUAGAAGAAGAGAAAGUAAUGGCUGACUUCCAGUUUAUAUUUCAGUAAGAAAAGAAGCAUUCCAGUAGACAUGGUAGGCGUUAAUAUGAUCUAAGAGAAGACUGGAAUAGACACAUUUCAAUCCUGAGCAAGAAUCCAAAUCUACAGUAAAACUUGAGUUUGUAUCAGGAAUGGACAGUUUUAACACUAUUUAAUAUAUAAUAUAAAAUAGUUAUGAUCUAGUGUCUUCCUCUGCACACAUAGUUAUAGCAUUACACAGAUUUUUAGGAGACACGUUAUAUCACAUGCACGGUAUGUCUUUAAUUCUUCAUCUAAUCAAGACUAGGAGAUUUAGGACAGACUUUUAGAGACUGAAGUAGCAACUUUUUUACCCCACACAAUGUUUUGAAGGAUGAGCUUUCUCCUCUCUUUAGAAUGACCAUUCUGGAUGCCUGAAAUCCACUGUGGACCUCUCCAAAUUCCAGAUACGGAAUUCAAAUUAUGACAGAAAGCUGGUGGUGGAGGCUUUUCUGGAGGAAGAAGGAACAGGUGAGAAAAGGGUGAAUUUAGAAGUUAGGAAAGGAGGGAAAAUUGAUGAAAAAAUAAAUAAAUAGUCACAACAAAUCAUCAAGGUAUGUAACUAACCCCAAAGGGUGCAUGGGCUCUGGUUCAAACCAAAGCAGCGGAAAAAUCUUCCUUUCACUGAAUAGGUAAAUAAAUAUAGUGUCUAUCUGUUAGAAAUAGAAGGUUUAAUGGCAUGAAGUUUCUUGGAGAUCUAAAAAGAAACAUAAAUGUUGAGUGAAGAGGAGAAUGGCAGAUUGGGGAAGAAACAAUGUCUGGUGAAAUUGAGGCAAAUUGAUGUAUUAUGUGACAAAAUUAACAGUGGAAGACAAAAGACAAAAGAGGAUUACUAAUCCAUUAAUUAAAGUUCAAUUUUAUGGUCAGUGAUUAGUUCUGCAUCAAAGGUAAAUGGUGCAUAACACAUCAUCUAGAUUUACACAAGACAAACAUAAACUUUCUAAUUUACUGAACUCUGAUUAACAUUUGCUUUGCAAAUAACAGUUACUUCUGAACACAUAUAUGGGGAAACUGUAUAGUAUAAUAUAGAGCCAAGAAACUAAUGUAACAUUUCCUAAUGUGACCCACAGGAAUAACAAUAAAUGCCACGUCUCAACAAUGUGAUGUUUCCUCCCAACUCACCAAGAUUUCAUUCAAAGACUCAAAGUCCUAUUUUCAGCCAGGUGCACCCUAUAGAGGAAAGGUGAGUAAGGAACUGUCAGAUGUGUGAAAGGCUUUCCUUUAAAUGUGCCUAGGUGUCGAAACAUAAAUGGAUGUUGGACAGUGCCCCAAUAAAAAAAUAAUACAAAAAUAUUAAAAACUAUUUGCAUGGAAUAAAGAAAAGUUUGUAUUUGAAAAAAACAAAACAAAACAUGUUGCAUUUUUUAUUUUUUUUUGCAAUUUCCUCUACCGUUUAUUGAUGCUGCUUAGAAUCUGUACAAUUAAUCAUGCCAAGGUUUUAGGAAAUACAAAAAUGCCCCAUUUUUUUUUUUUUAUAUAGAGCUCCAUAUAAGCCACAUGAUUAGUUUACUAAGGUUUUAGAUGUCACCUACAAGCUUUCCAUUGGAAUGACAGAUCCUGUAUUUCCUAAAAGACAGGUCUGCAUAUUGCUCGGUUUUCCAGGGAUGUUAAUGAAUAACAGCAUCAGUGAGUGGGUCUGGACUCCUUAAAGUGUUUUUUUUUUUUGUUAUCUAAAAAGAGAUGUAUGUAAAAAAGACUGGGCCAAAGGUUCAGGUUACACAGCAUCCCUCAAUUUUUUUUACUUACAUUAGCGCACCUGAGUUAAAACUUGCAGUGUAGGUGUAUUGAAUGAGAGCUUCAGCUGCACCUCCAGGCAUAUCUCAGUAAAGGGAGAUUUCACGGAGCAACAGGAGGGGUGAGGGUGGCAACGUAACAGUUCUAAAAAUUACUCUUUACAAUGGGGGGGAGGGAGAACUCCUACACCAUAACCACUACAGUAUGCUGUAGUGCUUUUGGUCCUUUUAGUGUUCCUUUAAACGCAGUGGGAAAUUAGCAUGUAACAAGCAAAGUUAAUACUAAUAGCAAUAGCUCAGGGGCAAAUUACAGCCACGUUUUACACAUACUCCAUGAAAAAACAAUGUUUUUAAAUAUGGAAGAAUUUUAAUUGCAAUGUGAAAAGUGUACAAUAUAUUCAAAAGUGCAUAUAAAGAGUUUUUAUUCAUAUGGCACAGGGCCAGGAUACAAGCGUGUGGGCCGGGGGGAGGACAGUAGGCCCCCCAUUGUAAUUUAUGUCCCCCACCCAUGAGGGGGGGAAUUUGUCUUAGCGUCCCCACCCACUGCCCAGGGGUGGGGGCCGGGGGGGGAGGACAGUAGGUCCCCCCCUCAUUAUCUUUAUGGCCCCUACCCGCCACCCAGGGGUGGGGGCUAGGGGGGAGGACAGUAGGUCCCACCCAUUAUCUUUAUGGCCCCCACCCACAGCCCAGGGUUGGGGGCCAGGGGGAGGACAGUAGGUCUCCCCCUAAUUAUCUUUAUGGACCCUACCCAUCAUAGAGGGGUGGGGGCAAUAGAUUGUUUUUUGUUUUUUUUACAGUGAGCAGCCACUGGCUUCUCACUGCUUACUAGACAUGCCCCCUACUUGCGGUAUAGCGAGUAGGGGCUGAAUUUACUAAUACUAAGUAAUCUUUACUUAGUAUUAGUAAAUGUGGCUGAAAGACCAAUUUAGGUCUUUCAGCCUUUUAGUAGAUAGCUCUCUAAUACCGUGGGAAUGAAUAGGAUCGGAGUUUCAUUCAUUCUAAUGAAAUUCUGAUACGAACAAAGUCCCGAAUUGCAUUCUAACCCGAAUGGAGAAACUGUUAGAACGCAAUUCGGCAGUUUUGCCGGCGUACUGUCUAAAUGACAGGAAGCAUCGCGGGAACAGGGAGGAAAGGUAAGGAUUGUGUGAAAAUUGCUGUGACCGCCGAAAACGAAGUACACUUUGCUCCUCCGCUGGUCACGGCGUAGGAAACCUCCAUAAGAGAAAUAGUCCCUACUUUUUUCUUAAGUUUUAAUGAAUACUAGAGCAGACAUUAAGAAAUGAAGAACAGAUCCUGAGAGAGGGAGAGAAGAGUAAUCGAUUGGCGAAAUGUAAGUUCGGCAUGACAGUGCCGCUUUAAGCUAUCUUCAUGUGAAAAUCACAUUGUAGUUUUUUUGUUUAAUCUUUUCUUGUAUCUCUUUUCCACAUUCUUACAGUUGGUUUUGGAAUCAUUUAAUGAAAAGCCACUUUCUGGACAAGAGGUCUACCUCACCACCUUUUUCAAAGACGAGUCCGUAACAGAGUCAUUUACCACUGAUUCUGCUGGGGAGGUUUCAUUUCAAUUGUCCACAUCUAAAUGGGGUGCAGACUCUGUAUCAUUAAAGGUGAGCUCCCCGUGAAUGGUGUUAAUAUAAACAGGACCAACUUGCUUUACAAAGUGGUCUGUUUACUAUAGAAUUGAAGUAUACAAUGUAUUGAAAUAAAAUAAAAACAUAUAGGACUAAAUAGCCAAGUUGAAAACGUUCAACAGCUUGGCUAAUUUUACAAUUGUGAUUAUUGUGGCUUAUAUAGUGAAAUAAUUUUUUUAUAAACAUGACUAUCUAAUAAAAAUAAUUUUAGAUAUGUCAGGUAUCUCUCUGGUAGUGUUUACCUUAAUUAUUUAGCUGGGAGGCUCGGGAUGGAAUGACAGGAAAAUAAAAGAAUGAGAAAUAACAGUUAAGAAUGGACCUAGACAGACAAAGAGUGUGUUCUCUGCAGAAUCAGCUUGUAGCUUGCAUUAAUUGAAAGGUCAGUAAUUUAAUGUAGAUAAAUGCAAAGUUAGGCACUUCAAGGUAUAGAAUGCACAAGCAACUUACACCCUAAAUGGUAGUGAAUUAGGGGUAAUAACACAUUAGAAGGAUUUGGGGAUUGUUAUAGACAACACACUAGGCAAAAAUGUGCAAUGUCAAUGGGCAGUUGCUAAGGCCAAUAAGGUAUUGUCAUGUACAAAAAUGGAUGAAAAUAUAAUAUUGCUUCUUUAUAAAUCAAUGCUAAGACCACACCUUGAAUAUGCAGCACACCUUUGGGCACAUGUUCUGAAUUAUUAUAUUAUGGAACUAGAAAAAGUACAGACACAGACUACAAAGCAAAUUAAUAAAAGUAACAGAAGAUUUUAGUUAUGAAGAAUGGGUUACAAAUUUGAAUCUGUUUAGUUAUGAAAAACAGCUCCUCAGAGGGGAUAUGAUAGCAUUAUACAAAUAUAUUCUGGGCCAAUACAGACCAUUGUAUGGAAAUCUAUUUAUAAACAGGACUAAACAUAGGACUCAGAGUCAUUCAUUUAGAUAGAUCUUUAGUCUAAGGCAAAGGAAAGGGUUUUCUUUUACAGUAAGAACAAUGUGGAACUAAUUGGCCUUAAAAGGUUGCUUUAUGAAAGUAUGUCAACAUUUUUAAAGGACCACUCUAGGCACCCAGACCACUUCAGCUUAAUGAAGUGGUCUGGGUGCCAGGUCCAGCUAGGGUUAACCCAUUUUUUUAAUAAACAUAGCAGUUUCAGAGAAACUGCUAUGUUUAUGAAUGGGUUAAGCCUUCCCCCAUUCCCUCUAGCGGCUGUCUCAUUGACAGCCGCUAGAGGCGCUUGCGUGCUUCUCACUGUGAUUUUCACAGUGAGAGCAUGCCAGCGUCCAUAGGAAAGCAUUAUGAAUGCUUUUCUAUGUGACCGGCUGAAUGCGCGCCAGAGCCGGGCGGGAGGGGGACCCUGAGGGUGGGGGCACCCUCAGGGCACUAUAGUGCCAGGAAAACGAGUAUGUUUUCCUGGCACUAUAGUGGUCCUUUAACAGUGACUGCAUGAUUUCUUGCAAAAGCAUACUAUUCAGAGAUAUAAUUUUAAUAUGUUCCCUUUUCUUUUUGAUGGUGCCCAGUUGUAUAAGAUGGCCCAACAUAACCACAUUGUUGGCUAGCCCACCUGGCUAGGAGAGGUAUUAUCAGAUUUAAAAAGGUCAUCCAACAGGGACUCAGUUAAGUUCCAAGCACCUCUCCUAGUAAUGAGGUAUAAGGAUGCUAUGGUGGUAGUGAUAGGUGCAUGAUCUGACCAAGAGAGGGUCUCCACCUCCACUGUUUGAAACCUGGGCAAUGUAGCAAUGUCCACCAGACUUAUAUCUGUUCUGGAGUAACCAUGGUGUACUGAGGAAAAAAUGUAUACUCUCAGAUGAUGAGAUCUUUGCCUAUCCAGGUGUCAUAAAGAUUGUUUUGGAAUAAUAGGUGUCUGAAUUUGGCACUUAAUAAGGUGAACUUGUUUUUUUUUUUUCUGACCUGUAUAAAGUGGAUUAUGUGCUAGAUAAUGUGUGAAAAUAUUUCUAGUAUUUAUAUUUAUUGGAUUUAAAAGGUGGGUUACUAGAACAAAAGAGGGUUUCCUGAAAAAAAAUGCAAUAGUGGCUUGAAAAGUAUUUAUGUUUUGGAACGCUAAUCUGCACAUAUGUGGCAUAUUAUGGCCUCUAGCGUUUAUAUAGUACAGUUAAGCUUAGAUUUUAGUGCCACAGAGACAAAUUUAGACUUAGCUGCCACUUUGGUGUGCCAGUGUGGGGUCAUCUGUGAAAAGGGGCUGUGAGUGGUCAGAUGUUCAGACCUGAGGUUGAUUGUUUUAGUCAAUGUGGCCUGUUUCAAGGCAUAGCUCCCACAGCAUUCGUCCACUCUCUGCCAUAACCAGGACCAAUCUCUGCUUAUUUUUAUUGCAUUUUGAUAGCUAGUCCAAAGCUUAGCUGUGCUAAGAACACUCCCUCCGUGAAUGAGGCAAACAGCAGCAAUACUAGCAAAAGUAACAAUUGUUGAUAAUUCAAAGUCAAAUCUAAGACAAUUUAAAAAAAAAGACUAAAAUAAAGGCCAAAGUAGCCAAACUGAAAACAAAUCUCCAAGUGAUCUAUGUUUCUAGUUCAGUUACUGUUCAUCAUUUUGCAAUUCCCUUCUUUCAUUGUUCUAUGUGGUUCCCACUAUAUGAAGUGUAAUGAUUGGCCCCUGUGGGUUGUUUUCUUAUAAGAAAAAAAUGCAAACAUUUGAACAUGCAAAAAUAGGAUAUUCAUGUGCAAAUUGUAUUUAAAUUGUUGUGUCAGAGUGUGCUUGUAAUAUUUUGUCAAUUUUUUUAUUGUUGCAAUAGUCUUGUUACCCUUUUUGUGGGUCUCUUUUGUUUGUCCUUAUAAAGACUGGGACAUUUUGGUUAUUUUAGAGUUGCAGUUGGCAAUAUAUAGUGUACACAAAGAACUUAAUGACACAAUAUUUUAAAUUAUAGGCUUUCACUGAUGAGAAAGAUGAAGACUAUAAGAGGGAUCGUAUUGCUGCCCGGCACGGUACCAGUUACCUACACCUGAAAGGCAUUUAUGUGAAAAGUCAAGACUCUGUGUAUAUUCACCCUGUAAAGAGUGCUGCACUUUGUCAUGAGAACAUAUCUGUCCGUGUUGAUUAUGACCUUGGAGAAAAAAAGGUCGAGGAAGUGAACAAAGUCAACGAAGUCAACGAAGUGAAAGUAUUCUAUGUUGUAUGUAUCAUUUCUUUCAAUGGAAAGGGAUUUAUUCUAGGCACAUAUGGGGAUUUAUUAAUAAUGCCAGCUACUAAUAUGCCAUCAUAUGCCAUAUAAGUAUAUCUCUAAACAUAUUUCACCAAAAACAAGGCUUUAUCAAUGGUGUAAAUAGACUUCUGGAUUGCCUGCAAUUUUAACCCCACCUUUAAAAUUAAGUGCAUGGUCUCUAUUGACCCAUCAAUUAAAUCCAUUGUUAACUUGGAUUAAACUGGAACAUCCUUACUAUGUGGGCUAGCACAAUGGUUAAGAUUGUUAUGGAAAUCCAUGAUACUCUUUCAGGUUUUCAGGUUCAGGUGUGCAAAAUGCACAAACAUUGCAACAUUCCCAUUAAUGUUUGUAUUAGUAGCUUUAAAUUUCAUAAACAUAUAUAUACAUACAUAUAUACACACACACAGGUAAAAGAGGUUGCCAUGGAAACAUGGAAAAAUGCAUACUGCAUUUCUCCUUCUCUUAUUAAUAGGGAUAACUACAAGUCCUUCAAAGGUAUUCCUUAGAGCAUUUCUUUGAGUUGGGGCAAUAAAACUAACGGGAUGGUAACGUUCACAGACUGAAUAUUUUGGAACUCUAAAUUCCCAGGUUCUCUAGCAUCUUAACAUCUUAGAUAAGGGUAAUUCUGAGCCAGCAUGGUAUGACACUCAUCAUAUAGAAUGUUCCAGAAGAUGCCAACACAAACCAUACUCUAUAUGCAUAUGAGAAACAUAGAGGGGCAUUGAGAGAGCAUUCGAGGUGUGAUUACCACUUGCAGCCUCACUAUCUCUUUAUCUUAAAGAGUUUACAUUGCUUCUCUUAAUUGCUGUCCCCAACCCUCUCUCUGGUAAUUCAAUACUAACGGUCACAGUAGAUCUUUCUUUUAUUAUCUCUCACUAUCUAACUUGCUAUCUCAUGCUCUUUCUCUGUACUUCUUUCACCAUUUUCCUUGAUGGCCCAUCCACUCAUUGUCUCUCUUUAAAUUAUUUGCUAUACCACACACUUGCUAAUCCAUGCAUUUUCUCUUCUCUCACAAGCCAAUGUGUUCUCUCUGAACCAGCUUUUAUUUUCCCUAGCACAUUUGUUUUACUAUUCCUUUUCUUCCUUCAGGUUUUGGCUAAAAAUAAGAUUUUGUACAGUGGCCAGAAGACCGUGAGCCUGGAGAAAGCAAACUGUACGUUGUAUUAUUCUUUUCAAUGAAUGCUUCGCUUUAUAACUAUUAAACACGUAUCCUAACCUGAUAUAAAUCUGAACAAGGAAAAUCCCAUUGUUACUAACGCUUGAAACAAAAGCUAUAAUGCACAGAAUUUGCCAGCAUUAUUUUCUUAAAGCAACCAAUUACAGGAUCUUAGAUUAUUUCAUUUAAGUGAUGUAGUUCUGCAGCAAUUUUCGUUUUCUGUAGUAAAAAAGAAAAUAAAGUUAAUUAAAUGUUUAUUGAGCACUCUGUAACAAAUAUUUUAGUAUACAGGUAUAGUAAAGGGGGAAUCAAAGCAGACAAGAAUAAAUGCACACAAGAUUUUGAAAGAUUGGAUUUACAGCUUCGUGCUCCACAGUGACAAUGUCAAUAAUUAGAUUCUUUGUAAUUUUGGUGAGAUAGGUCUCUGUUGAGUUUUGAAAGUGAUAUUCUAAUUGAAGAUAGUCAAUAUGUUGAGCUGACAAGAUUAGAGAGUUGGAUAUCUACUAGCUGGAAAAGAGGCUUGAAGGUGGAAAGAAGAGAAUAUAUUGUCUUUUACAAUCAGUUAAGAGAGGUUCUAUAUAAAAUUGGAGUCAAAAACGCAUAUCUGAUGAUGAACUACUGGUGAAAAGACUAUCUGAAUAUGACCAUUAGCAUUAGACGGAAGCACGAAGGAAGGAGGUUAACACAUAUGUAAGAGAUUGGAUUUAAAAGAGUUGCAUCUUCUUCUGUAACUGGGAUAAAUAACCCUAGAAUACAUGAGAAUAUGAGAAAUGCACAAUAAACAUAGGAUUUUGUUCACACACAGUCUAGAAUCGAAUCGCAAAUUAUAUUCCGGUCAAGACUCUCUCUCUAAAUCUCAGGGAAUAUUUGGUUAGUGUUGUGCUGUAUGAUGUGUGAGCAUCACUAAAGUAUAUAUUGAAUGUAUGAAGUAAAUGUGUGUUUCUGUAAAUGUAAAUGUGUGUUUGAUCAUGUUGACUCCAAAACAAGAAGGUUAAGUAUAUAUUUUCUGAUUGCGAUCGUGUUAUUUUCUCUUCUUCUCGCACUUCUCAGCACGUUCAGGAUCCAUGGAGAUUUCUCUCCCAGUCCGAGAUGUUUCUCCCACUGGGAAGAUUCUUGUUUUCACCUUAUCUGAUGAUGGUGAGGUGGCUGUAGAUACUGCAACGUUUCAAGUGACUGCAUGCCUGAAGCAAAAUGUGAGUAGGAAUGAUCAAAAAUCUUAAACACCCUGUACUGAAUAGGACAGUCCUAAAAUUGUACAUUUAUUAAUUUGGAUAUUAAUAAAAAAUCAAGAAAAUAUCAGCUCGAAUAAACCUAUCCCUUUUAAGCAUAUAGUCUUUUAAACUACAUUAUGGUCUUCUGAGCAAAUCCUUUAGUUAGCAGUAUGCUAAUAGACACACUUUUCAGAACCACUAGGGGUGGUCUAAAGCAAUACACAAGCAAAAUUGAGUAAAAACCUCAAUACUUAGUACAUUAUAACAGAACCUUUCCAUUGUCAACUAAACAUGGUCAAAUUAAUCCAAAAAGAAUGUCAAAGCAGUUAUUAAGCAAGUCAGAAUCUGACCAGCUAGUGUUAUAUUAAAAAGAUCAUACCUUUGCUUUGAAUUUCAGGUCACUCUUGGGUUUUCUGAGGAACGUGUGCACCCCAGUUCACUUGUCAAGUUGAAUCUGAGAGCCGCCCCUGGUUCUUUAUGUGCGCUCCGUGUUGUUGACAAGAGUGUUACAUUGAUGAAACCAGAAGACGAACUCACAGAGGCUAAGGUAAGGUUUCAAAGGAUGUGAUAAGUUAGAAAAAAAAUAUAUGUAAUAUUAUUUAUAAAGUUGUAUGAAUGUAUUUGGCAUGUAUUUUAUUGAGCAAUUCAAGAUAUCUGACAUAUAGAUACAAUUUUACACUUUGGUACUCAAAUUGCUAUUUUGAGUAAAUUAGACAAUGGAGAUGAAGUUAAGAAAAUCUAAGGGGAAGAGAAAAAAAAACUACUAAUAUUGAAAAAUAUUCUUAUUUAACUUCACCUAACCUGGAAUAUUGGGAAUAUUGUGACUUGCUCUCAGAACUAAUCUUCAUAACUACAUAAAUACAUUAAAAAUAAUUUUAAAAAGGGCUACUAGAAAUUGGAUCAUGGUUUUCAUAAUAAUAAGUACCAAAUAAUAGGGGAGUUAAAAAAGUACAAGACUGAUAUUUUUCACAGAAUGAAGGUAUUUAGGAGAAAAGGACAUGGAACAUUAGGAAAUACUUUAUUACAGAAAGAGUUAUAGGUACAGAAUAGGUUGCAGAAUUCCAGAAGGAGCAAUUCUAGUAUUCAUUUUUGUACACAUUUCUAAGAUAAGUUCUAAUAAGCUGUUCUAAUUAUACAGCUUCUACUUUAAGGGACCCUCCACUGCCCAAAUGUUUUUUUUAAAUCACUAUUUAGUAGAUAUACAUCUUAUUAAAACUUUAAAGCUUUUAAUUGUGUGUUUUUUUCAUUGUGUGUAUGUCUAAAAAAUGCUUGUUAAACCUGCAGAAUUCUUGCCUGAAGCCUUUGUCAGCCCUCCCCUACUAACCCCCUCUCAGACUUUCUGUGGCUGUCCAAUCACAAUCUAUUCAUUUAAACAUAUCUACUAAUACGUAAACCUAUUGAUUGUAUGUUUUUGACUUGGUUAUAGAUUCAAAAUCUUAUCAAGACUCAGCCCUAUUAUCCGCCAUAUGAGAGCUUAGAUUAUGAAUUUUGUCGUGAUAAUGGACCUACAACUUAUUGGGGAAUAAUUAGUGAAGAACUUAUCUCUUGGUGGCAUCCACGGUAUGUCUAUCCAGUGAAGAAGAAGGAUAUUCAGAACAUAAUCGAGGUUAGUAACAUUGAUACGCGUUGAAGAUGUUGAAGAUAGGAAGAUAGGAAGAGUUGCUAUCCAAGCAGUUUGAUUUGGCAAUAUUGGUACCCAAAUAAUAAAAGACUUUCCUGGGAACUGGAAUUAUGAUCUGGAGAUCAACAAGAUAAGAUGUAAUAAGCCACGUAGAACCAGAAGGCAGCUCAAGAGGAGAGUCAGCAAAGGUAUUUUUCCUCUGCUGGUAUCUCUAGAUCUGGAGCCUCUUAAACAGGACAGAGUAUGGGAGCUCAUGUCAUGCUAGCUCUCUAGAGAGAGUAGUGUCAACAUUUUUAUUUUAUUUUUUUUAAAUGGAGAACCCUUUCUUUGUUAAGAACUCAAAGUAUCCAAUUUUUAUAUAAAGAGGUAUUGUCAGUACUCUUACUCAACUAAAUUGAUGUGAUUCAGAUGUGUCAGGAGUGCUACUCAAUGCCACUCUUUUGAGAGACUGGCACUGGAGUCUUUUCAAAAUGCCCUGCAUACACUCAACUUUUUUAUGACCUUCAUGCAGAGCAUGGGGCAUUUAAAAUUUCAAUGGGUGCUAGAUUUUCUGUUAAAGCAAGUACAAAUUAGAAAUGAAAAAUGUAAUUUAAAAACAUAGCAGAAAAGUGACAUUUUAGCUCCAUAUUAGGAUUACCUGGUCAGGGAUAAAUAAGUCUCUAUCACUUCUAGAGCUAUAAUUUAAUGAUUUUAAAUCUGAUGGGUUAUUCAUAGGGCAAUAGGGAAAAGUCAUGGAUGCAUGCAAGGCCAUUUGGACUGCAAACUCCAGACAUUGUACACACACCAUUCAACGCUGUCCAGAUCUUGCCACUAUCCGGGGCCCAUGCAACUACAUCAUGUGGGAAUAUUUCAGUAAGCCAAUCAGAGUGCUCUGACAUUGCUCGAGACUUAGAGUGUUCUUACUCAUAUUGCACAACGUGCAAUGCAGUAGCUGUCAUAGUGUGGGAACGCCUUUCUAAGAGGCCAAAGAAAAAAAGAGUUAGAAGAACGAAGACUUUGUCUAAGGCAAAGGAAAGGUUUUUUUUUACUGUAAGAACAAUCAGGAUGUGGAAUUCUCUGCCUGAAGAAGUGGUUUUAUCAGAGUCCAUACAGAUGUUCAAACAGCUACUAGAUGCAUACUUGCAAAAACAGAAUAUUCAAGGAUAUAAUCUUUCAAUGUAGGGUAAUAACUGCUUGAUCCAAGGAUAAAUCUGACUGCCAUUCUGGGGUCAAGAAGGAUUUUUUUUCCUAGCUUGUUGCAAAAUUGGAAGUGCUUCAAACUGGGUUAUUUUUACUUUUGGAUCAACAGCAAAAAACACAUGUGAGAAAGGCUGAACUUGAUGGACGCAAGUCUCUUUUCAGCUAUGUAACUAUGUAACUAUGUAACUAUGAUGGUAAGUAUAAUUUAAAAUUUUGCAGGCAUUGGUUUUCUUGGCUUCCCCUCAGUAUUAUUGGAGUGAGGGGAAUAAGUAGGGUUCAUUCAUUUAAAUGUGUGUGAUUAGAGGAUAGGGGUCCCUGAAUAUUAUAAUUAGGGGCCCUACCUCCUGCUAAUGAGUCAAGCUCAGGAAAAGGACACUAGGUUCUUUUGACCCCCGUAAGGUUUUUAAUUUAUUUUUUAAAACUUUUUUAAUGUGGUGGUUGGCUAGCAAGCAUUGGCUAGUUGCCAUGUUAAACAUUUUGUAUAAGAUUCAAAUGUAAAAACACUAAUUUUAAUCUGGACAUCGAAUGCACCCUGUGAUUACUGCAGAUUCACACGGUGUAACUGAAUUCCGACCAUCCGUAACUUUAGUAAAUAUGAAAAUUGCCAUUGCCCAUUUUCACUGGAUUUUAUCCAUUUGGACAAAAUCCGAUGUUUAGUAAAUAACCCUGUGAAGCUACUACUACUUAGUGCAGGAACAUCUCACUGGCAGAAGAUAAAGGAAUUGUGCACCCAGAAGACAAGCCUAUAUUAAAAUAAAUGGUAUGGUUGCUUAUGGGAGUAAAAUGAAUGAUCACUGAUGUGUAGUACUGGUGAGCAGAGAAGUGAUGGUGUAAAGAAGAGAAGAGGAGAGCUGAAUAUUUGACCACCUAACAUUCCCUUUUUUAUGCUCUUCUGCAGGAUAUGGGACUUACCAUCGUAACCAACUGGAACGUUAUGGCACCUGUGACCUGUAAAUUUGAGAGAGGUACGUAUAAAAUUCACAGAAUAGGUUAGGCUAGUGGAAUAACACCGGCCUAAAGGCGGAAAAAAAAACUUGCUUUCUUAUUUUAUUUUCUUCUUAUUUAUUAUGUAUGGCAUGUAAUUGCUUGGAGGAACAAUUCAAAUAUAUGGUAUGUAUUGGCUUAGAAACUCUAUCUGUUCCAAGUACCCUAGGUAUAAUGUGAUUAUAAUGUUCGUACUUAUAUUGUUCAUUAUGUUAUUGGUUUUCAAAUACAUCUUUGAUGUUACCAAAACCCCGUAUUUGUGGUUUGCUUUAGAUACUAUCGUGUUCUGAGAUUUAAAGCCAAAGAUUUCAGUGGGACAAGUGGGGAAAAAACAAAAUAGAACCUUUUCUAAGUGGCUGGUUGGAAACUGUGGGAAUCAUAACAUUCUCAAACUAAUAGGGUAAAAUGUUAUGAGAGACAGCAGACUUUCACUGGUGUCACUUGUAACCACUGCACUUGUAUGCGUCUACACCCAUUUUGUCUGCAGCUCACAUAACAAAAUUAGGUGUGCACACAGCUUGUGGCUGUGGACAUUGGCCUAUGCUCCCUUACAUGUGCUAUGUGAGUCUGUGAAUCUUGGCCAAGCUUCUGCAAGAUAUCAAUAUAUCUUGCAGGAUUACAGCUGAGCAUCAUAGAGCCGCAUGGCACACGUAAGGAGUUACAGCGCUGACUCACAUCAGGUGAUACAGGCAAAGUAAAUAUGACCAAUAUGGCAUGGAAUGCAUAUGAGCAUAAUAAAAUGUGUGCGAUGUCGCAUGGACAUGGGCAUCAUAAUAUAUACUCAAUGUGGCAAGUGGGCAAUGUGACAUGAUGUGGGCAUAAUAAAAUGGAGACAAACUGAAAUAUAAGUAGACCUCAUGGCAUGUGGGCAAUGUGACAUGAUGUGGGCAUAAAAAAAUGGAGACAAACUGAAAUAUAAGUAGACCUUGUGGCAUGUGGGCAAUGUGGCAUGAUGAGUGCAUAAUAUGGUGGAAACAAACUGAUAUAUAUAUAUAUAUAUAUAUAUAUAUAUAUAUAUGCAAUGUGGCAUGUGGGAAUAUUAAUAUAGCUUACAGUCAUAUUUGUAUUAUAUUUGUAUUAUUUAAAACAAAAAUAGCAAUGCAAUUUUAUUAUGAGAGAGUGGAUGUGACAAAAUUAUUUUGAAACUAUUUCAUGUUUACAUUUACACAGACAUUCAGUGCGCACAUACCAGGAAACAAAAAUGUGCACAACACAAUAUUUCUACACACAUUAAUUAGAGGUAACUUUGCUUGUAACAAAAUACAAGGUAACAAGGUGGAUAAAAAAGUAUAUAUAAAAAAAAGUUGUUUUUAAUUAAAAUGUGAUUAUUUUUUAAAAUGUAAUUUAGAUUUAUUUUAAUAAAAUAUUUUAGGAGGUAACAUCUAUCUAAUUAUAGUUAAGAUCAUCAGUCUUGAGGAUCUCAGUCAAUUGAAUGCUUUCCCAUAAGAAAGCAUUGGGAGGAUAUUGCUCAUGCUUGGUAAAAUGCCCCGCUGCAACAAUAAGCAUCUCCUCAUAGAGAUGAAUUGAAUCAAUGCAUCUCUACGCUGAAAAUAGGUGCUGCUCACUGUGCAGCAUUGAAAUAGGAAGUACCUCUAGUUACUGUCUGAGUGACAUCAUCUAGAGGUGUUACUAGGCAGCAAUGAAAAUACUGCCUUUUUUCUGAAAAAGCAGCAUUAACAUUGCUGAGCCUGUAGUAGUUCUGGUGACUGUAAUGUUCCUUUAAAUCUUCAAUAUAAUUGCCAGGAAUUCCAAGUGGACAAUCUAUUAGUCAUGAAAGUAGAAAAUAGCAGUGAGCAACUGUUUGUAAUAUAUAAGGAAUAUCACUUAUGUGGUCAGAUACCCAGAGUAAGACUUGUGGCAGUUGAUUGUUUAUUUAUUUCAUAUUGUUAGCAAAGCUGUCAAGGCAAAGCCUGGUAUACAAUGCAAAUCAUCGAGAAAAUAAAUGUGUGAUGAGUAAAAGCCGAUGUGGGCUCCUAUUCAUCUAAGGCUGGGGAAGGCAGCCUUUGUGGACUGUAUCUCCCCUGAUGCUUUGCCAGCAUUAUGGUUGUAAGAGCAUUAAUGAUAUGUAGUCCACAAUAUAUGGAGUGCCAAUGGUUGCCUACCCCUGAUCCAUUUUAUAAGGAAAUUAAUGUUUUCCUUUGCAAAAGGCCAAUGACAAUGCAUGUUCAUGUAUGGCAUUAUGUGAGAAAUGUCUGAUUUAUAGACAAUUAUAUGCAAGCAUGAAUGCAUAUGAACAAUCCAUCAAGUAAUGAAGAUGACACUGAACAAUUGUGUUUAUAAUGCUUAAUAUUCAUGGAAUUCACUUGUAAAUACACUUGGGGGCCUGACAGUUCUUUGAUGUGAAAAAGUUGCAUAUUAUUUUUUAAAGGCUUGGGUGUGAGAUGCAAUUCAUUAAAUAAAAACAAUUGUGUUCUUCAGAAAUGAUGACGAUGACUGGCAUCAUGGUUUCUGCUUCUUUGCAUAGUGGACCAGUUGCAGGUAAGCUAAAUCCUCAUGAACUGCUGAUAUUAUGGAGGCAAGGUCAGCCUGGAAGGAAGAAAACAGUGCUGACAGAGUAGUCUUGCAUUAUUUAUGUAUUUAUGUCAGCUGGCAACUUGUAGAUUUGCUCCUCUGAUCCAUUUUUAGGAAGGUCUCUCGUCUUUAAUACAGUGUGAUCAGGAGCAAUUAUGAAGUGAAGAGCAGUCCAUGGUUAGGUUGAUUAUGUUGCUCAGCAACAUCGUUGUUUGCUUAGCUGGCCCACUGGGGUGAAUGCCCAAUGGCCAGUCUACACCUGAUGCCUAUAGGUAUAACUCCACAAUACUUUUAUAUAUGAACAUCCUGCACCUCAUAUACCCAUUAUAAAUGUUGACUGCACCAGUAUAACAUCAUAAUACUCCAUUCUAUGUACUGACUGCCCCAAUACAACACCACUGUGACGGUAGUCACCAUUAUUGGGGUUGGAAGACAGACACUAAAUGUUGUUCCAGAGACACUGCCAGGCAAGUUCAAACUAGCUGCCCUGUCCCUACUCAAUCUCCCAUUUUGAUUAUCAGCCCUUGAUAUUGUCUGGUCCCACCAUUCACUGUACUAUAGUGCUCUACUCACCCUAUUGAAUGUAAAUUAAGCUGCUGGGGGCAUAAAUAUGCUAUGUAUAUUAAAGUUAGUUGUUGUUUUAACCUUCACCUAAUGUCAUCUGGUGUUUGGGAAAAGAGUUCUGAUUACUGCUCUGCUGAUGAAAAGGGUGUCCAGGGCUAUGAUCCUAGUAGUCUGGUCCAAGGUGAACAAGGCCCUCAGCGAUCCCAGUCAAGCCUGACAGCUACCAGGAAGAGCAGUUGGCAGAGGUACUUGGUCGAAGUACCAGAGCUCCGUCGCAUUUGGUGGCAGCUGCGGGAUCGAUUGCUUUCUUGCAGGAUACCUCUGGAACACCUCUGGAGACCUGAUGGAGAACCGUAG